UUGGAGUGCUCUAAAUAUUAGUGUGAAUUCGUUCUAAAGUACAAUUUAUUAAAAAUAACAUGGCAUCAGCACCUAUGUUACGUUCGUUAAGCAGUGAAUCACAACGACCACAAUGGAAACAUCGGUUUAGUUUACGUGGAAGUCGACGAAAAAAUGGGGAUACCUCUGGUAUAAGUGGAGCUAGCAGUGGUGGUACAAGUUCAUCACGUAAUAAAGCAAUUGGUGGUAGACGAUGGACAAGUUUACGGCAACAACAUAAAAGUUCAUCAUUAUCAAAUACUCCGGGUAGUACUUCUGGUAUAUUAACACCAGCUGGUGGAACUUCCACGCAAGCAUCAUCACCAUGCAACAGUAUAGCCGAACAUCCUGUAAUUCCAAGUGGUACUAGUACGCAUGGUAGUAUGCAUACAGUACAACAAAGUGGUAGCUCUACAAUGACAACAGCACCUACACCACCGAAGAAAUCGAAUUGGGAAGUUAUUGAGCAUUUCAGUUCAAAUACUGGCCGCGGUCGAGGAAGUAUUUCUUCAAGUUUAAUUGCGGUCGGUGUAGCACCCGGUACCAUGGCACUUCGCGAUGACGAUUCGUUUGACCGAGGGUCAAGUGGUCCAGAUGGUGGAAAUAGUAAUUUUAGUGGAUCACCUGCUGUACAUAAAGCACGUGGUGGUUGCGAUGAUGCUGAGUCUGCUGCAUUGCUCUCAUCGAAGCAAUCACAUCAAAUAUCUGGUAAUGGAACAAGAACAUCUAAAUUAAACCAAAACAGUAAUGUUUGUUGGAAAAUGCGAUCAAUUUUACGUCGAUUAUGUAGUUCACAUCAAUUUAGAAAUUUGCAAGUAGAAAUGUUAUACCAACGUUACUUUCUACGUAUGAACCAAAGCAACAUGACGCAUUUAUUAGGCUUAUUAAUAAUAUUAUGUAUCACAAUAUUAUUAAUAUGUGGUAUUGAUUUAUUAUUACCAACAAUCCCACCACAAAAUGUUAAUGGUGGCAGCAGUAUUAAUAAUAAUAAUGAUAAUAUAAAUGUUCAUCAUAAUAAUAACGAUAGAGGGAAAUCAUCAUCAAUUGAUGAUUCCACAUCAGCUGCAUCAUCUUCUGCAUCAUCGACGGUUACAUUAUUAUCAUCAACAACAUCCACAAUAUCAAAUCCAUUACAUAACACCACAACAGCAACAAAAUCAACUUCUAGGUCGUUCAAUUUAAAUAAUUUAUUAAGUGACAGUGGUGGUAGUGAUGAUGAUGAUAAAGGAGGAGGGGGUGCUGGCAGCGCCAGUAGUCAUGAUGGCAUUGGUUUAAUAAAUAUAGCAGUAGAUGAUUCAAAUAGAUUAUUUCUAAAUGAUGAGACACGAGUACAGAAAUUAAUUGCAAUCACAUUUACUGUUGGCUCAUGUGCAUUAGUUUAUGGAGUGCUAAUUACAAUACUAUCCAGACCAGCCAUGAAUGAAGUGUAUUUACUUGUUAUAUCGUACAUUGUUUUGGGUACAUUUUUAUCAUUUGAGGUAAAUUGUUUCCAUGUAUUUUUUUUUUCUGUAAAAAUUACUAUUUUAACAAUUGCAUUUAUCUAUUUAACAUAUGCACUAUUACCAAUACGUCUACGUGAAGCAUUAAUAUCAGGUACAAUUUUUAUGUUAAGUAAAAUACUUUUCUCACUCAGCAUGCACCAUAAUUCAAAGAAUUCAUUCGUGUCAAAAUUAACAUUAGGAUGUACUAAUUUAGCUGGUGCAUUGACCCAUUACCCUCGUGAGGUUGCACAAAGACGUGCAUUCCUUGAAACACGACAAUGUAUUGAAGCUCGUUUAACUACACAACGUGAAAAUCAACAGCAGGAACGUCUGUUAUUAUCAGUAUUACCACGUCAUGUCGCUAUGGAAAUGAAAGCUGAUAUUGCUGGCCAACCAAAAGAAGCGCAAUUCCAUAAAAUUUAUAUACAAAAACAUGAAAAUGUUAGUAUACUAUUUGCGGACAUAUGUGGUUUUACUAGCUUAUCUGAUCAAUGCACUGCUGAAGAAUUAGUUCGACUACUUAAUGAACUAUUUGCAAGAUUUGAUCGAUUGGCAGCUGAACAUCAUUGUUUGCGGAUAAAAUUAUUAGGAGAUUGUUAUUAUUGCGUAUCUGGUCUACCAGAACCCCGACCUGACCAUGCUCACUGUACUGUCGAAAUGGGUCUCGACAUGAUUGAUGCAAUAGCAUUAGUUCGAGAGGUUAUGGCUGUGAAUGUAAACAUGCGAGUCGGCAUACAUACUGGACGCGUUCACUGUGGUGUUUUAGGACUAAGAAAAUGGCAAUUUGAUGUUUGGUCAAAUGAUGUAACACUUGCAAAUUAUAUGGAAAGUGGAGGAAUUCCAGGGCGAAUUCAUAUAACAAAAGAAACUUUACUUUGCUUGGAUGGUGACUAUGAAGUAGAACCAGGUCAUGGUGGUGAACGUAACUCAUAUCUAAAAGAUCAUAAUAUUGAAACUUAUUUAAUUGUGCCGGGCGAUACUACCCUAAUAACGACACACUAUAAGGCAAAAAAACCACAUCAUACAUUUUCAAUGAAUGGAAACAUAUCAAAAGAGAUGCGAAUGAUGGGUCAUGGAUCGCAACAUGGGAAGCAUCAGUCAAAGUAAAAAAAUCCCGAAGAUGAAGUUAAUGAUUAUUUAAUGCGAGCCAUUGAUGCAAGGAGUAUUGACCGUUUACGUUCCGAGCAUUGUAAGCCGUUCUUAUUGACAUUUCGACGCUCGGAUGUUGAACAAAAAUAUAAUAGCGAACGAGACAGAAUGUUAAAUGUUUAUUUUUCCUGUUCAAUAUUAUGUUUUUUAUCGAUAUCGAUUAUACAAAUGAUAUCCUUACCUGUGAGUCUUAUAGGUCUAACUUGCUUUACAAUAUCAGCUUUAAUUGUAACUGUGAUACCAUUCAUUGUUUUCUCGGAAACUUUAGAACAUUCUACAAAACAAAUACGUCUUAUUUCACAAAAAAUUCAUCAAAGUCGUAAUAUUGCCCAAUUAUUAGCAUUUUUAGUAUUAGCUUGUAUGUAUUCCAUGGCUAUGUAGUAUUUAUUACUUUUAGUAAUGUUAGCAAUGAUUGCAUGUGCUGUUUACCAAAUAUUAAUAUCAAUAUUAAAAAUGGCACUACUUAUGGCUAUUGUAGCCAGUUAUUUUAUAACUAAUAAAAUUUUCUCAAUUUAUAGGUUCUACUAUGAUGAAACAUACUGUACAAAAUACUUAAAUACAAUUGUUUUAAUUGCCUUUAUGAUUGCGUUAAUUAUUCAUAGUCAACAAACAGAAGCUACAUACAGAUUAGAUUUCAUUUGGAAAUUACAAGCAACAGAGGAAAAAGAAGAUAUGGAACAUUUAGAAGCUUAUAAUCGCAAACUUCUAGCAAAUAUUUUACCAGUACAUGUAGCAGAGCAUUUUUUAAGUAGUGAUAAACAUAUUGACGAGCUCUACCACGAACAAUGUCCAUUUGUUUGUAUAAUGUUCGCAUCAAUACCAAAUUUUUCAGAAUUUUAUGUUGAAUUAGAAGGAAAUAAUGAAGGUGUGGAAUGCUUACGACUUUUAAACGAAAUCAUUGCCGAUUUUGAUGAGUUGUUAUCGGAAGAUCAAUUCAAAUAUAUAGAAAAAAUUAAGUCUACUGGAGCAACCUAUAUGGCUGCAUCAGGAUUAACUCAAAAUACUUGUGAUAUGCAAGGAUAUCGACAUGUUACUGCAAUGGCUGAUUAUGCAUUAAGAAUUCGCGAACAAUUAGCCUAUGUAAAUGAACAUUCAUUUAAUAAUUUUCGAAUUCGCAUUGGUAUUAAUAUUGGACCAGUUGUUGCUGGUGUUAUUGGAGCUAGAAAGCCACAGUAUGAUAUUUGGGGAAAUGCUGUAAAUGUUGCUAGUCGAAUGGAUUCAACUGGAGUUUUAGAUCAAAUUCAAGUAACACAAGAAGUAUACCAAAUAUUAAAUGAUCGAGGGUAUCCAUUAACGUGUCGAGGGACAAUUGAAGUAAAAGGAAAAGGAAAUAUGGUCACAUAUUUUUUGAAUGGUUAUCGAAAGAAAAAUGGUAUUUUACAACAAAAUAUCAACAUAACGGAAAAUCCUUUACACCACCAAACAUCACCUAGUCAAUCAAAUAAAUUAAAUCAAUCAAUAGUAGAUAAUAAUAAAUCACCACCCGGAUUGGAUCAUCAAACAACAAUACUUGAAACAAUUAAUGAAAAAAAUUAA